AUGACUCAAAUCGACGUUGAGAAGGCUAUUGAGGAGUUGACCCUUGGAGAGAAGGUCGCCCUUACAGCUGGACGCGACUUUUGGCACACAGUCCCCAUUCCACGUCUCAACAUCCCUUCACUGCGUAUGUCAGAUGGCCCGAACGGCGUUCGCGGUACGCGUUUCUUCAAUGGUAUCCCUGCCGCCUGUCUCCCAUGCGCCACCGCUCUGGGUGCUACGUGGGACGCUGACCUGUUGACCCAGGUUGGCAGUUUGAUGGCCGAUGAGGCGAUCGCCAAAGGCACACAUAUCGUCUUAGGUCCCACAAUUAACAUUCAGCGUUCACCACUGGGUGGACGUGGAUUCGAGUCAUUCUCUGAGGAUGGCAUUCUGUCUGGUACCCUAGCGGGUCAUUUCUGCAAGGGUAUGCAGGACAAAGGUGUCGCAGCCACACUGAAGCAUUUUGUUUGUAAUGACCAGGAGCAUGAGCGUAUGGCCGUGAACAGUAUUGUGACAGAGCGUGCCUUGCGCGAGAUCUACCUGCUCCCUUUCCAGUUGGCUAUGCGGAUUUGUCGAUCUGCGUGUAUUAUGACUGCUUACAAUAAGGUCAAUGGAACGCAUGUCAGUGAGAAUAAGGCUCUUAUCGAUGAUAUAUUACGAAAGGAGUGGGGCUGGGAUGGCCUUGUGAUGAGUGACUGGUUCGGCACAUAUAGCACAUCUGACGCUAUUAAUGCUGGUCUUGAUAUUGAGAUGCCUGGCAAGACGCGCUGGCGCGGGGAAGCUCUUGCCCAUGCCGUCUCUUCAAAUAAGGUUGCCCAGUUCAAGCUUGAUGAGCGUGUGCGUAAUAUCUUAAACCUAGUCAACUGGGUUGAGCCCCUCGGUAUUCCGGAGGGUGCAUCAGAGAAGGCACUGAACCGCCCUGAAGAUAAGGCGUUGAUGCGCCGCGCAGCAGCAGAGUCUGUUGUCCUUCUCAAGAACGAAGGUGCUAGUCUACCCUUGAAAAAGGAUGGCUCUCUUCUUGUUAUCGGACCUAAUGCUAAGAUGGCCUCAUACUGCGGUGGUGGCUCGGCAUCGCUGGCUCCUUAUUACACCGUGACACCAUUCGACGCUGUUUCUUCUAAAAGCAAAGGCGAAGUCAAAUUUUCCCAAGGUGUUUACUCUCACAAGGAGCUUCCCCUCAUUGGACCUCUCAUGAAGACUGCAGAUGGCAAGCCCGGAUUUACUUUCAAGGUCUACAACGAGCACCCAAGUGCUGGUAAGGAUCGGGAACUUGUGGACGAGCUGCAGCUCUUCGCUUCUAUGGGAUUUUUGAUGGACUAUGUUAACCCCAAGAUCAAGUCGAUGACAUACUAUGUUGAUAUGGAGGGGACAUUCACGCCCGAGGAGACCGGUGUCUAUGACUUUGGCGUGACAGUCGUCGGUACCGGCCGAUUGCUCAUAGAUGGUGAGGUGGUGGUGGAUAAUACCAAGAAUCAGAAACAAGGCACUUCUUUCUUCGGUACGGCUACUAUCGAAGAGCUCGGCCAGAAGGAGCUCAAGGCCGGUCAGACCUACAAUGUCCUCUUCGAGUUUGGUACAGCGCCUACCUCCGAUCUCGAUACUCGCGGCAUCGUUGCAUUUGGGCCCGGCGGAUUCCGCUUCGGGGCUAGCCGUCGCGUGAGCGAGGAAGAAUUGAUCGCAUCGGCCGUGGAAGAGGCAAAGAAGGCCGAACAGGUUGUAAUCUUCGCCGGUCUGACCAGCGAAUGGGAGACCGAGGGCGCGGAUCGCGAUCACAUGGAUCUGCCUCCAGGCAGCGAUGAGCUCAUUACCCAAGUCUUGGCCGCAAACCCCAACGCUGUUGUUGUUAUUCAAUCCGGCACACCAGUUACGAUGCCAUGGGUGAAGGAUGCUCGUGCAGUCGUGCAAGCCUGGUUUGGUGGCAACGAGUGUGGUAACGGUAUUGCGGAUGUACUCUACGGUGAUGUCAAUCCCUCGGCCAAGCUACCCGUUACUUUCCCUCGCCGCCUGCAGGACAAUCCAUCUUACGUGAACUUCCGCUCCGAGCGCGGACGUGUCCUAUACGGCGAAGAUGUGUACGUAGGUUACCGCUUCUUUGAAAGGAGCGAAGUGGAGCCAGCCUUCGCAUUCGGCCAUGGGCUGUCUUAUACCACAUUCUCACGCUCCGAUCUAAAGGUCAAGACUGUACCAGAAGAGGCCAAAUACUCUGAGUCUGGCGAGCCUAUCACAGCUACAGUGGUCGUUACUAACACCGGCUCUAUUGCUGGAGCUGAGAUUGUGCAACUUUGGAUUGUACCUCCAAAGACUGCUGUCAACCGUCCUGUCCGCGAGCUCAAGGCGUUCCAGAAGAUCUUCCUUCAACCUGGUGAAUCUAAGACGGUGGAUCUGGCGGUUGAAAAGAAACUUGCGACUAGCUGGUGGGAUGAGCAACGAGAACAGUGGAUCUCUGAGAAGGGUCGCUAUGAGGUCUUGAUUACUGGUACCGGGUCAGAGGAACUUCGGGGAGAGUUUGAUGUGGGCAAGACUAGAUUCUGGCUGGGAUUGUAG